AUGUCAAAUACGCAAGAGCAACUUCGAGCUAUCGUCUUCCAUGAAUGGCGUGGCGACAUUGGAGCAACGGCAGCAGCUCGCAACAACAACAUCAGAUUGAACGAGGGCACCACUACCAUCAGGACUAUCAAGCGCCGGUUCACUUGCUUUGCAAGCGGAGACACCGACUUCGUAGACAACCCGCGGCCCUUGGCUACAGAAACGUGCUGGGACCCCUCACAUCUUGAUGAAGGACACCCGGUUUACCCGGAUAUCCAUCUGUCAAUCAAUCAAGAUAUUAUUACUGGAGAUGAGAGUUGGGUCCUCUACGACUCUAACGCGCACCGUGAACAUCCUCAAGGAGAAGACCCGCCGACGCAAGCCGAAUUGGACCUCUACCCCAGGAAGUGUCUCCUUUUUUGCUACUGGAACUCGAAGGGAAUGCUAUGUUAUAAGCUCUUCCCACAAGGUCUCACCGUCACCGGUGUCAUAUACGCUAGGAAUUCAAACACAAUACACAAUCCACAGUGCAUCUCUCCACAGCUUCGCUUCUCUUCAUUACCAAAACUAUUGAAUAGAAUUCACGGAAAUGAAUUUGUGCUGCAAACGGAUCUUUGCUUGUACAAAAGGAAUAACACCAAGAAGUACGAAAACUUUGUUGGAUUCCAUUUGAAUUGGGGUCGAUUAGGGAAUCAGUUGUUUCACUUGAUUUCUGGCUAUGGAAUCGCAAGAACUCUGAAUAGAACACACUAUUUACCCUAUGAGAAAGGAGUGAGAGAUCACGUCAUGAAAUAUUUGCAGCACAUAAACCAUAUGUUUCCUCGUUUGGGAGGGACAUAUGUUCUAGCUAAGGAUGGAGUUAAUCAAACGACAGUAAACUUCGUUGGAUCUUGCUGUGCUUAUGAUGACCCAUUGAGGUUUUCUAACAACACCAAUCAAUACUUGCUGUUAAACUUCAAGUAUGGACAAAACCCUCGAUUCUUUGAAGAAUACCUCCCAGAAAUUCGCGAAAUUCUUCAGUUCUCAAAGGAUAUGGAACGUAAUGGUAGUAAGAUCGUCGAUGUUCUGAAGAAGAAAUACUCAAAUUUGAUGUGCGUCCACAUUCGGAGAACAGACUUUGUCGGCAUGAAAGUAGCUACCGAUAUGAUGACAACGGUGAAUGCAGCAUUCAGUAUUGCCAGACGGAGGAACCUUUCACAGUUUAUGAUUUUUGGUGACGACCAAAAAUUCAUGCUGGAACUGUCAAAAAUGAUCGCGGACCAAGGAAACUGGAAUGAAAAUGCUGUUCUGAUUUCCAAUUUCACAGAAGCAAUGGAUAUUUAUGUUGCUUCGAGGAUGUGCAAUUCGUUCCUAAUUACUGCGGUUACCUCUACAUUUGGCUGGUGGCUCGCUUUUUUCAUUCCAAAUCAAGACGCAGUCUUUUAUUUGCCAGACAAGCGACCACAAAAUGAUAAGGUGCCGAAUAGAGAGCUAUUCAUGAAAUCGUGGCAGGAGUAUUCGGAAUGA